AAUGAGGCAAAUUGGCAAAAAAGCAAACAUCCAACUUUUAAAACCCCCCCAAAAAAAAUAUAAACGACUCAAGUUCUAACUUUGCGUCUGCUCCCCUCAUUUGAAGCAAAAAUCUAUCUAUGCAUCCAAAAUCCAAAGUCCAAACCUAAUUAUAACAGCAUGAUCGAUCCAUCCACUGUACGGCAGAGCCGUCGAUUUUGACCGGCUUCUCCGAUCCUCCCUAAUAGCUCCAUCGGCUCCGCCGAUUCACUGCCGCCGAUCGAAUUCCUCGAUCUCCUUCUCCAAAUUCGCGAUCAAUCGGCGACGGAGUGAUUUUGCCAGCACAGAAGCAUCAUGAUGCAGCGCCUGAGGAUAUAGAACCGAGUCUUCUCUUGCUUGGCCACGGUCAAGCACCGCUUCCGGAGGCCGGAUUUCCGGCUGGAUCGCCGGCGAGAAGGGAAAAAGUAAGAGAACAGAGUCAUGACGAUGAUGGAUUCGGAUAAUCGGGUCGGAGCUUGGGAAUUUGACGGAGAGAAUUGAAUGAUGAGUUUAUAGGGGUUGAGUGUACCAGUUCGACUGGGUCACAUAUUUUUUCUUUAUUAUACUGAGCAAGACCGGUGUAGUAACCAGCGUGCCAGGCCAGGCCUGUGUCUCAGUCUUCCAAUAAGAUAAUGCUGCUGGCCGGGCCAGGUCAACAUUGGAGAAUUAACCAUGUCGGAUGGUUUUGAGCCCUCUCCAAGGCCCAAAAUGCACCCUUCUUCCAGGGCCUCCUCUUCCGGGUGAUUAAGUCUUUUAAUGGCCCUUUGAUAUUUACUAUCCCGGGAAGGUCUUAGCUCACCCCCCCGUUCAAGUCUUCCCUGAGAAGGGGGAAAUAGGAUGCGCCACGGUGGACAAUCCCUCUUCUAUUUCUUUUAAUGGGCAUCUUUUAGUCCCCAAUCAGUUUGCCAGUCUCGGCUAAUUCCCCGAUACCGGUCAAACCUCAUGGGCCCGUGUAAGUACGGUUCGAACCUUCUUCCAGGUCCAGCCCUCUUGCAGGCAUACCCUCUUCCGGGCCCCUCUUCCGGGUUUAUUAUUUUUUUAUUUUAUACUGAGCAAGACCGGUGUAGUAACCAGCGUUCCAGAUCCGGCUGGUGGCCGCUGUUCAUCAAGCCGCGGCAAAUCCAUCUGCUAAUCGGCGGGUUUCUGCGUUUCAUACUCCCUAAAGUUUAACCAUGGCGUACAAUCAUCACUGUCACCAUUUGUCUCAAAAGCUCUCCUUUUCGGCGUUUCAUCCCAACGGGAAUUCCUCAUUUACUCUCCCACCUCGCAUUCCCUCGAGCUGCCCUUAUCGACGAUUCGCCGUUUCAGUCUCGUCCGGCGGCGGAGAAGCUGCCGGCGUCAGAUUCACUUGGGACGAUGUGUCUCGAGUCUCUAAUUCUCCUGGAUAUCACUCUCCUGACCUGCAAUGCUUCUUCGAUAAAGUUAAACUCUGUAAUCAAAAAUCGGAAAGUCAGAAUGAGUUCAUGCCAUUUGUUGUGGAGAAUGCAAUAGUUGGAUAUGUUCACAAUAGGUUUGCAGAUAAACUGAGGAAAUUUGAAAACGUGUUUGUUUUCCCUAAUGGCAGUUCUUAUGGAAGCUGUUUUGAGUGCCAUGUUACAUUAAAUCCAAUACUCCAAACACCUGAGGAUAGGACUGCUGCUGUUGAUGUAGUAGUUAGGUCUUUAGGGGAAGAACUGAUUCCAGGUAUACGGAGUGAGUUAUUUCCAGUGACACCAUCUUUUGAUACACCAGCAUUUUUCUCAUUGGAAAGAGCUGCAGCACCAUACUUUGGGAUAAAGGCUUAUGGAGUUCAUAUGAAUGGGUAUGUUGAAAAAAGCGGGCAGAAAUUUCUCUGGGUAGGAAAGAGAAGUGACAACAAAGUCACAUAUCCUGGAAUGCUUGAUCAUCUAGUUGCUGGAGGACUGCCACAUGGGAUCUCUUGUGGAGAGAAUCUUGUGAAAGAAUGCAAAGAAGAAGCAGGCAUUCCAAGAUCUCUUUCCAUCCAAGCUACACCAGUAGGAGCCGUGUCAUACAGUGACAUAGACGGAUAUAGGUUCAAGAGAGACGUCCUCUUUUGCUAUGAUCUCAAGCUUCCUGAAAGCUUUAUUCCUAGUAAUGAAGAUGGGGAGGUCGAAAGCUUUAGACUGGUGUCCAUAUCUGAAGUUGCAAAUAUAGUAAUGAGGACUUCGUAUUUCAAAGCAAACUGCAAUCUUGUUAUCAUUGAUUUUCUUAUACGGCAUGGUCCUAAAUCCUGUCUUAUCACCUCCUCCCAAUUCUUCUUAGGUCUACCCCUUCCCCUACUUCCCCCGAUAACCGUAAUCCUCUCGCAUCUCCGUACAGGGGCGUCAGCAUCCCGCCGUCUCACAUGGCCAAACUACUUCAACCUCGCUUCUCGCAACUUGUCUUCCACCGGUGCCAUACCUACUUGACGUCGGAUAACCUCAUUCGAAAUCCUAUCCAACCUUGUCUUCCCGCACAUCCAUCGUAACAUCCGCAUCUCCGCCGCAUGCAGACGACGCACAUGAGUCUUCUUAACCGCCCAACACUCUGCCCCAUAUAACAUAGCAGGUCUGACUACGGAUCGAUAGAACUUACCUUUCAUUCUAUGCGAAAUCUUCGGAUCACACAACACCCCUGAAGCUAACCGCCAUUUGGGCCAAGCCACUCCAACCCGAUGUCAGCGUUAACUUAUUGUACGUUUUUCUGACAUUAAAAUUGAUACAUGCAGGUAUGUUAAGCCUGAAGAACUUGGAUACUUAAAGCUACUUCAAAGCUUGAGAAGUGGAGAUUGCUCCUGAGAAACCUGUUUUUUCAUCUUUACCUGUAGAUAGCGGUGCUCGAGGGUAGUAGGCAGUGGCGGUGCUGGACAAUGGCAGGAGGCAGCUAGCGGCGGAGGAGGUGUCGAAGGUGGCAACCGCCAACCAGCGGUGUAGGAGUGAUGUUGACGCCUUAACGGCGGCAGAGGAAGUGUAGUGUUUUUCUUAAUAUAUCCUUAAAGUUUACACUCUUUAUGUGCCUUACAUUAUUGAUUAAUACUUCAAGAAAUAAUGUUAUUUAGCGACU